CAAGCUGCUUUUUGCAACGUGUACUCGUAACCAUUAUGUGAUGGUUAACUCUAGACAUUUUUUUCUUUUUCUCGCCUUCUUUAUGCUCAAUAAUCCACUUCAGUGAAGAAGUCGGCUGUCUCAAACCAGUAAAGCCGUUAGAUUAGCCUUCACUAGUUUGUACAUCGUUGUGCUGUUGCUAAAAAGUUUGAAGAACAGAAAUGGCUUCAUUUAAACCUACCAAAAUCCAAGUCUAUCCUAAACUUGGAGAGAAAGUCACACAAGACACGCUGUACUGGAAAAACUACAAGGCUCCGGUCCAGAUAAAAGAAUUUGGAGCAAUCUCAAACAUAGACUUCUCCCCGGUGGCUCCACAUAACUUCGCUGUGACAGCAUUUACAAGAAUCCACAUCUAUGGGCCCUUCUCCCAGGAGCCUGUGAAGACAUUUACACGGUUUAAGGACACUGCAUACUGUGGCAGGUUCAGGGCCGAUGGUCAGCUGCUCGUGGCGGGAUGUGAGGACUCUGUGGUCCGGCUGUUUGACGUCAGCGGCAAAGUGGCACUCAGGAUGUUCAAAGGGCACACAAAGGCUGUACAUGUCGCAGACUUCACCUCAGACCGUUACCAGAUCCUCACGGGGUCGGACGACUACACCUGUCGACUUUGGGACAUCCCAAAUGCCACUGAGCUCAACACCUACCAAGAACACACAGAUUACAUUCGCUGUGGCGUCACGAGCAAACUCAACAGGGAUCUCUUCAUUACUGGAUCUUAUGACCACACACUGAAACUGUUUGAUGCCAGAGCGGAUAAGAGUGUGAUGACGAUGGACCACGGCCAGCCAGUGGAGAGUCUGCUUCUCUAUCCUUCUGAGGGACUCCUCGUCUCUGCAGGUGGGCGCCAUGUGAAAGUGUGGGAUCUGCUAAAAGGAGGCCAGCCUCUGGUGUCGCUGAAGAACCAUCACAAAACUGUCACCUGUUUGUGUCUCAGCAGCAGCGGGCAGAGACUGCUGUCAGCUUCUCUGGACAGGCAUGUAAAGGUGUACAACACCACCAACUAUAAAGUGGUCCACAACUUUGACUACGCUGCCUCCAUCCUCAGUCUGGCUUUGGCUCCGGACGAUGAAUCCAUUGUUGUGGGUAUGACCAAUAGUAUCCUCAGUAUCAAACACAGGAAAAGCCUUGAAGAGUCUAAAGAAAUCUCCAGCCAGCAGAGGCGACGGCCCUCGUAUCGUGUUAUUGUGAAGGGGAAGAACUUCGUCCCUAAACAGGAUGAUUAUCUCGUCAGCAAGCCAGUGAAACAGCAUUUGGCCAAAUACGACAAGCAGCUCAAGCAAUUUAAUGUAACAAAGGCUUUGGAUGCAGCUCUGGAGACUUGGACAAGACUGAGAAAGCCAGAAAUCACAGUUGCUGUUAUGAAGGAGCUGGAUCGAAGGGGGACUUUGAAGAACGCUCUGGCAGGAAGGGACGAACAGGGGCUCGCUCGGUUGCUCAACUUCCUUAUCGGGAACUUGGUUGACCCAAGGUUUGCUCCUGUCCUCGUAACGGUGGCAGAGAUGAUCCUGGACAUCUAUCUGUCAGUGAUCGGCCAGUCGUCAGUCGUGGACCGACAGCUGCUGCGUCUGCAGGAGCUGCUGGAGAGGGAGAUCAACUACCAACAAGACCUUCUGGAGGUGCUGGGCAUGUUGGACACUAUGUUCGCCUCCUCCCUCCCCAGGAAGGAGGUGCCGUGCCCUAGCAUCAGCAGGGCUAAUGGCCUAGCUCAGAGAGAAGCUAGUGCAUCGAGACAACUGCUUCAGGCCACCUGAGGCUUGGGCGGACAGACUGCGUUAGAGUGCCUUCACAACUCUAAAAACCUCUUUUUGAAAACAUCUGAGACUCAUUUACUGACAUGACGUGCUACAAUGACACCAAACAUUUUGGUACAGGUUUUAAGAGACUGACGAACCAUGAGCUCACUCUGGUGUUUUAACUCAGCGUGACUGAAAACACAACAGGCAACCAAGAGAACAUACAUUUACUGUAUGAAGAAUCUCUGAAUGUGUGACUGGAAAGUGAUGUUUUUUAUUUGAAGUCUUAUAAUUACACUUUCAAAUGUAAAUGUGCGUGCUUGUGUGUUUUGAAUGGUUUAACUGUUAAUGUCUGCUUUGUGUUUUCAUAUUUGGCACUGGCAAAUGUUUUAUAAGCAGAUAUGAAUAAAUCUUUGUAAUAUUGGA